AGAAAAUCGAAAAUAUGUAAACAACUUAUUAUUAUAAAAGUUUUCUGUGAACUAUUUCGAUAGUUAGUUCCAAAGAUAACCAAUGCAAAGUUUAACACACGUGGUAAUUGGAGCAAAACAUAUAUACGAAUCAGUAAAGUUUUCUACGGUUAAACAUUAGCAUACAGCAAGUGAAUAGAAUCAUACGAUAUUAAGUUAAAAGAAGUUAAAAUGUCAAUAAAAUUGGAAAUAUUAUUAAAUACACGGAACGUAAAUAACUUAAGCAAAAGUGAAAAUAUCCAAGACAUGCUUGCAACUAAGCUUGAUGUACAAAUAACUGACGUGACAAAAACAAACUUAAGAACUGAUAUAAUCGAAAAAUUAAUCUCUGCGUGCAUCGAGAAUAAAAAUGACGCUAUUCUCAUUAUUGGUGACGUUGAAUCCCAUGAGAAACUAUUUGUAGCUAUAGCAAUCGAGACAAUCGUAAAUUUUAAAAAUAUUAACGGACGUUUACAGAAACAAAGAAUAACGAUGUCGCUGUUAAAUUUAGAAUCGAAACUGGACAAAAUUAUGGAUCAUAAAGUUAAGUGCGGAUUACGAAAUCAAGUAAUAAUCGUCGAUUUGUCUAAUUCAAUCGAAAAUGUAAAACAGCACUUUGAAGCGAUUGUGAAUGCGAUACUGCAUACGAUACAUUUGACACGUACGAUCACGAAUGAAAACGUAUCUCCAUGUGACGUUUCAUCUACUUCUGGUGAUAAUUCUAUGACGCAAACGAAUGACGAAAUUGCCGUGAAGCGUCGCAGGAAAUAUCCUCCUCCGUUGGAUAUAUCACCUUCUGCAAGUUAUUUAAAAUAG